UUGGGUGCUCAGACACAGCCGCGCUCACAAGCUGACUGCAGAGCUCCCCUCGGCAGCCAGAUGAACUCGGUUGCUGGCAGCAGAACUGAAGGGGAAAGACAGAGCAGUAUGUAGGGGGAAUACCUUUGUUGUUUUUGCCCUGCAGUAUGGGAAGUUCCAGGCUGAGGAUCUUUGACCCGCACAUAGAGAGGAAGGAUUCUGCUCUGUCUCUAGGCAGGGAGCUGCCUCUGCCCACGUUUGAUGUGCCUUAUUUUAAAUACAUUGAUGAGGAGGAUGAGGAGGAUGAAUGGAGCAGCCGCUCGCAGUCCUCAACGGAGGAUGACUCUGUGGACUCUCUGCUUUCUGACAGAUACGUGGUGGUAUCCGGGACACCAGAAAAGAUUUUGGAGCACCUCCUGAAUGACUUGCACCUGGAAGAAGUGCAGGACAAAGAAACAGAGACUCUUCUAGAUGACUUCCUUCUCACAUACACAGUCUUCAUGACAACAGAUGAUUUGUGUCAAGCUCUGCUAAGGCAUUAUUGUGCUAAAAACCAUCAAGGGAAGGAAGAAAUUAUAGAUGUUUCUUGCAGAAAACGAAAAGUAUUGCACUUGGUGUCUCAGUGGACUUCACUUUACAAAGACUGGUUACAUGAAGAUGAGCAUCUAAAGCAAUUUCUGAAGACAAUAUACAGGAAUGUGUUAGACGAUGUCUACGAAUAUCCUGUGCUUGAGAAAGACCUGAAGGAAUUUCAAAAAUUGCUGGGAAUGCAUCGUCGUCACACUGUAGAUGAAUAUUCACCUCACAGAAAGCAUAAAGCCAUUUUACAUCAUUUCAGUCUCAAGGAGAACUGGCUCCAGAACAGAGGGACUGUGAAUGAAACAGAGGAAGUUUUUUGUCGUGUGUAUAUAACAGAACAUUCUUAUGUCAGCGUAAAAACUAAAGUAUCCACUUCAGCUCAAGAGAUCUUGAAAAUUGUAGCAGAAAAGCUCCAGCAUUCACAGGAAGACUUGGCUCUGGUGGCUCUUUCAUUCUCUGGGGAAAAGCAUGAAUUACAACCAAAUGACCUGGCAAUCUCCAAAUCCCUUGAAUCGUCGUCUCGUAUGUUCAUAUUUCGGAAGAAUCUGACAGAUACUCUGAACCCUUUUGCUGAAAAUGAGGAAGCCCAGCAAAGGUCAGUGAGAAUUCUGGGAAUUAACACGUGGGACCUUGCUUUGGAAUUAACAAAUUUUGACUGGAGUCUCUUCAACUUGGUUCAUGAGCAAGAGCUGAUAUACUUCACCUUCAGCAGAAAGGGCAAUGGGGAGAACACUGUGAAUCUUAGUCUUCUGCUUCAAAGAUGCAAUGAAGUUCAACUCUGGGUUGCUACAGAAAUACUCCUUUGCAACCAGCUCUGUAAACGUGUACAGCUAGUGAAAAAGUUCAUUAAAAUUGCUUCUCACUGCAAAGCCCAAAGAAAUCUGAAUUCAUUCUUUGCCAUUGUUAUGGGUCUCAACACUGCAUCUGUCAGUCGGCUUUCUCAGACCUGGGAGAGAAUCCCUGGAAAGUUUAAGAAACUGUUCACUGAACUUGAAAGUUUGACAGACCCUUCCCUGAAUCACAAAGCCUACAGAGAUGCAUUCAAGAAAAUGAAGUCACCGAAAAUCCCCUUCAUGCCUUUGCUCCUUAAAGAUGUAACAUUUAUACAUGAAGGGAAUAAAACUUUCCUGGAUAACCUUGUUAACUUCGAAAAGCUGCACAUGAUUGCAGACACAGUCCGGUCUUUGAGACACUGCAGACACAACCAGUUUGGAAAUGAAGUCCCCCAAAAAGAGCAUCAGGAGCUGAAGCCCUACGUCCAUCACUUGCACAUCAUCGAUAACCAGCAGAUGUUGUUUGAGCUUUCUCAUAGGAUAGAGCCUCGCGUGUGAGUUCACGCAGAUUCACAUACCUGCAGCACUUUCAAUUAAGUGAAUGUUUAUGCCAAGCAUGUUGCUUCCCUUGGAGAGAGGUGAAUACUGAGUUUUAUCAGUAGCUGAUGCCAUAACAAGCACAGCCAUCUCUUGCAAAGCAGGAAGAGGAGCUGUUCGCAGCAGCCUUCCGGGAUGAGAGAAAUGCCAUAUUCAUUCAACUACAGACGGGGAAAGAGAGAAACAGCAUUCUUCAUAUACAAAGACUUGACUUCUU